GAUACAAUGGAGCAGGUUCUUCAGCAUGUUGCCCAGACUGUGGAGAAACAACUGGACCAGGAGAUUGAGAGGAUAGAUGCUCUGGACAGUGGUGAUUUGGAGGCCAUCAGGCAGCAGAGAAUCAACGAGAUGAAACAGAGAGCCAAGAAGAAGCAGGAGUGGCUCGCCAAUGGCCACGGUGAGUACUCGGAGGUCGACGGAGAGAAGGAGUUCUUCGGCGUGUGCAACAAGAGUGAGAACGUGGUGUGCCACUUCUACCGGGACGACACGCCGCGCUGCCGCAUCGUGGACAUGCACCUCAAGCUGCUGGCCAGGAAGCACGUGGAGACGCGCUUCGUGAAGUUGAACGCCGAGCGGGCGCCCUUCCUCACCGGUCGUCUGAAGAUCCGCGUGCUGCCCACCUUGGCGCUGUUCAAGGACAACAAGAGCAGGGACUACGUGGUGGGCUUCACCGAUCUCGGCAACCGAGACGACUUCUCCACCGACAUGCUGGAGUGGCGGCUGGCCAGGUAAGUAACAGAGUAGAGUCGUAUUAACUGGUACAAUAUAGCACAUUAAUUGACGCUCCGGUAUGUUCAAUGUUUGGAUGUCGGCAGGUCGGAAGUGAUCGAGUACAGCGGGGACCUGCGCGAGCCUCCCGCGCCCCACUCCGCCCGCCCCCACCCCCUGCAGCGGAAGACCAUCCGGGGGGGAGCCGCCCCCGGCGACGACUCGGACGACCUCAGCGACUGAUGGCCACCAGCGAUACCGAUCUACUAAACUAUGACUAUAUUAUAUAUUGACAUUUCCUUUAUAUUAUAACUCGCGGCCGUUAUUGACAGAACGUCACUGACAAACUAUCAGACGUCAGUUAACAAAGGCGUUGAUUGUAGACGCUUUAUUAAAUUAGCUUCGCGUAUGUGUUUGACUGAAGAUGAUAUGUUUUCCAAAUUAAUAUUAAUUUAGAUUCUUAUAUAACCACAAUAUUAUUAAACUUUCAUUUACGUUAUAAUUUUAAUAAUAUCAAUUUAAAACAUUGUUAACUUUGUCAAAGUAACACUCCUAUCCUCUGUGCAUGUUGUGACUGGCAAUGAACUUGGAAUAUUUCUACGAGACUAUUUUAUCUGAUCUGUCAAACAAAUUGAUCUGUUAUUAAUGUAUUGGUAUUAGUUUUAUAACAUUAUAUUAAAAUUAUUAUUUCAUAAUUAGCUAUGAAUGUACUGCAUUAUAAUAAUCAUUCCCUUUGUUUUGGAACAAGACAAGUAACUGUGAAACAUAUUUUUGCACUUUAAAUUAAUGUAUUUUACGGAGCUUCAAACAAAUAAAAAAAUCUGUUGAUUUAAUUUUAGAGCUGAAAAAGAUUAACAAAGUUUACAAUAUGUUAUUUUAAUACAUCUUGGAGUCAGAUUCGUAAUUUGAAUGUAAUAACGAGUAUUGUAUGUCGUUGUACAGAUCAGCUAUAUCGCUGGUAGUGUGAUGACAGCAGUAUUUCAGCGGUGUGUGUCGAUUGUUUAAUGUUAUGUUGCGUGCUUUGAAUGUUGACUUCAAAUUAUGAAGAGGUGAGUGUUUGUAAGCAGUUUUUAUAAUAAAUUUUAUGUAUAAAAC